AUGAUUGACUUUGCUGAUACAAACGCAGAAAAUUAUAUCAAGGCCGUAAGGACAGUAACUCUUAAAGAACAAGUUAGUGAAGCCAUAAACAACGGAAUUGGAGUUGUAAGGAUGAAAACGUUUUAUUAUGAAGAUAAUAUUGAUCUGUUGAUGUGGGUGUUGCGAAUUAAACAAAAGGUUGAAGAAAGCGUAAAAGAGUAUUCCAAGCGUUAUGAAGCUCGA